AUGGAUCCGCAAGGUCAGGAUCGUGUGUUCCUCGCAACAAAAGAAGGUAAUCUCGAGAAACUGAAGGAUCUCUCCGCUGGCAAAGGCGCAGACCCUCGAGAAAUUAGUUUGAUUCACCUCCCAGAUCCUGAUGGUCUGAAACCCAUUCACAUUGCUUCAAAGGAAGGGCAUCUCGAUAUUGUGAAAUACCUUGUAAGUCGCGGCGCCGAGGUUGCAGAAGGUGAUAGGAUGGGCAGCGCACCUCUGUAUUACGCAGCGUCUGGCGGCCAUCUUGAACUGGUGGAGUUUCUCGUUAGUCGAGGAGCGCAGGUUGAGAAGGCUGGUUAUCUUGGAUUAACACCGCUUCAGCUUGCAUCGUCCAAUGGCCAUCGAGAUGUCGUGCAGUUUCUCGUUGCUCAAGGAGCGGAGAUUGAGAAGGGUGAUUGGAUGGGAAGAACACCGCUUCAGCUUGCAUCAUCCAAAGGCCAUCAAGAGGUCGUAGAGUUUCUUGUCAGCAAAGGAGCAAAAUCAGAUAAGGAGUAA